GUUCAAGCAACAGUUGUUGGUUUUCUGGCUUCAAUUGCUGCAGUGAUAUUUGGCUGGAUCCCAGAUGGACACUUCAGCGUUGGCCAUGCCAUUCUCCUUUGUGCCAGUAGUGUGGCCACUGCCUUCAUUGCCUCCCUUGUGCUGGGCAUGAUCAUGAUUGGUGUAAUCAUUGGUUCCAGAAAGAUGGGUAUCAAUCCUGACAAUGUGGCUACGCCUAUUGCUGCCAGUCUUGGUGACCUCAUUACCCUGGCUCUGCUUUCUGGGAUAAGCUGGGGCCUCUAUAUAGAACUGGAAGACAAGCCUUAUGUGAAUCCCUUGGUCUGUGCUUUUUUUGUUGCACUGCUGCCCCUCUGGAUCAUCAUUGCUAAGCGGAAUCCAGCAACCCAGGAGGUACUAUAUUCUGGCUGGGAACCAGUCAUCAUUGCCAUGGCAAUUAGCAGUGUUGGAGGAUUGAUAUUGGAUAAAACAGUGUCAGAUCCAAAUUUUGCAGGAAUGGCAGUCUUUACUCCUGUUAUAAAUGGUGUUGGUGGCAAUCUGGUGGCUGUUCAGGCUAGCCGCAUCUCCACUUAUCUCCAUAUGAGUGGGGUGCCUGGAGAGAAUUCAGGGAUAGCCCCCCGCAAGUGUCCAAGUCCCUGUAGCACCUUCUUCA